CAUUGGUACUGCAUUGUGUAUAGAAAACUUCUAUGUGCUAAUGGAGAUCACAUCUCUUUGUCACAGAUAACCUGUACUAUUGAUACAGAUGAUCACUGAUAAUCUGCUGUGGAACAGAUUUUCUUCAGUAUCCUGUAAAUUUUCCUCAGUAACAUAUUCUAGAUUCUCCCUCAGAAGAACAUUCCUUACUUCGUCAGUUUUGAUUAGCAUCAGGAUUUUGGGAAAUGCAUGUUGUUUAAUGGUACUACAUGGAACAUUACCAAUAGUAACUCUUAAAGUGUAUGAGACAACAGUGAAUUAUUGAAUGCGUAUUUAACAAAUUUAAACAACAAGUAAAAUUUGUUUUGAAUAUUAGAUUCAUACAUCAGCCACGAAAUCUGGUUGUAGUCCUUCAAGAUAUUGUACUUAAUUUUUAACAGAUUUAUUCAGUAAUUAUUUGUAAACAAUUCUGUGAUAAAAGUUGUGAAUUGAACACAUUGUCAUUACAGAACAGGACAGGACAUAAGGCUAAAAUGAAUCCAGGACAUUCUUUAGAAUUUCCUUUGAAAAGUGAUCCUGAAGGUGCAUUAUCACUACCUUCCUUAAAUCAAGAAAACAGCAACUUGGCUGCCUUUAGUGGAACCAGUGAUGGAGACUUUUUGUCUCUGGAUCCAUUGAUGGACAUCAAAAUAGAGCCAGAGGAAUUGUGUGAGUCUAAUGAAGAUGAUGAAUAUUCAUAUGAAAUGAAUUCAAUAGUGAAUGAAAAACCUCCACAAACUUGCAAAAAGGAAGUAAAACAAGAAAGAAGGAUCUGUGACAAUGGAGAGAAGCCUUUCAUAUCCACUGACUGUGAGAAAACAUUUUACAAGAAAAUUAAUCUUACAAAUGAUAUCACAAAUCCUACCAGAGAGAAAUUCAUAUGCAACGAAUGUGGGAAAGCAUUUACCCAGAAAUCAAGUCUUACAAGUCAUAUGAGAAUCCACACUAGAGAGAAUCUAUUCACAUGCAACGAAUGUGGGAAAUCAUUUCCCCAGAAAUCAAAUCUUACAGAUCAUAUGAGAAUCCAUAAUGGAGAAAAGCCAUUCAUGUGCAACGAAUGUGAUAAAGCAUUUUCCCAUAAAUCAAGUCUUACACUUCAUAUGAGAUUGCAUACCAGAGAGAAGCCAUAUAUGUGCAAGGAAUGUGGGAAAGAAUUUUCCCAGAAACCACAUCUUACAAGUCCUAUGAGAAUCCAUACCGGAGAAAAGCCAUUCAUAUGCAAGGAAUGUGGGAAAGCAUUUUCCCACAAACCAAGUCUUACACUUCACAUGAGAUUGCAUACUAGAGAUAAGCCAUGUAUGUGCAACGAAUGUGGGAAAGCAUUUUCCCAGAAGUCAAGGCUUACAGAUCAUAUGAGAAUCCAUAAUGGAGAAAAGCCAUACAUAUGCAAAGAAUGUGGGAAAACAUUUUCCUUGAAAUGUUAUCUUAUAGCUCAUAUGAAAAUCCAUACUGGAGAGAAGCCAUUUAUGUGCAAAGAAUGUGGAAAAGCAUUUUCCCACAAACAACAUCUUACACUUCACAUGAGAUUGCAUACUGGAGAGAAGCCAUAUAUAUGCAACGAAUGUGGGAAAGCAUUUCCCCGGAAAUCAAGUCUUACAUGCCAUAUGAGGUUGCAUACUGGAGAGAAGCCAUAUAUGUGCAAGGAAUGUGGGAAAGCAUUUCCCCGGAAAUCAAGUCUUACAUGUCAUAUGAGGUUGCAUACUGGAUAGAAGCCAUAUAUGUGCAAGGAAUGUGAUAAAACAUUUUCCCACAAACCAAGUCUUACACUUCAUAUGAGAUUGUAUCCUAGAGAGGAAAAAGAAACAUGAUAAAAUAAACCAGUUAACGGCAGAUAUCUCUCAAAUGACCAACUAUAUAAGAGAUCAAAAUCACUCACAAAAUCUGCUCAAGAAAAUAAGGAAAAUAAAGAAAAAUACAGAAUAGGGGAUGAACAAGUGAGCGGAAAACUGGCAGAACACCAAGCCAAUAUAAAGGCCUAGCUUCACAAAUAGGAAACAAACAACAGAAAAUAAAAGUAAAAAAAAUAAGUCGGUAGUUUGAUGAAAAUCCAAAGAUUGUGUAUAGGAAGAUGACAAAAGAAACAGUUGAGGUACGAACACCACCGAGCAAGGAAGACCUAGAGAGAUUUUGGAAGCCACUGUUUGAAGACCCUAGACAACACCAAGAGAAUUCAUGGAUUGACACCAUUAGUCAGAAGAACAACCAGAAAUAGCAUAUACCUCUAAUAAGGUUCACCAUCGAAAAAGUAACAAAACUAUUAGCAUAUAAUAAUUUCAAGACACCAGGAAUUGACAAGAUCUCAAAUUUCUGGCUAAAAAAAGAUCACAGCACUACACCACGCUUAUAUGCAAACCUUUUCAAGAAUAGUAAAAGGAGAAGAAUCACCAGUGGCUCACAACAGGAAGCACCACUUAUAGCAUGGAAAGAAAUAGAUAUCUGUUUGAGG